AUGUUCGCCAUGUUCUUCAGCCAAAAAGGCAUGAUUGCUGCUGUCCCUCUGGAACCAAAGGAGACAGUGACAGCGGACUGGUAUCGUGAGAAGUGCCUGCCAGAAGUUUUCGAUGGGGCUUUCUACCUCCCAACGGCGCUGCUGGGUGUCCCACCGAGUCACAUUCUAGUCCAUACCCAAAUGAACCUUAUGUACCAGUUCUGGAUUCAUACAGAGACUAUUUCAUCUCUGGGACUUCUCGAGUACAUCAUCAACACCCCAUCGCAUCAUCGAGUCCAUCACGGAUGCAACCGGUACUGCAUAGAUAAAAACUAUGCAGGAGUACUCAUCAUCUGGGAUAGAAUUUUUGGGACAUUUGAACCCGAAGGCGAACAAGUUGUCUAUGGCCUCACCCACGCAGUCAGCACUUUCAAUCCCAUCAAACUCCAACACAAGGCUCCAAUGAAGAAAUAUCGGCCAAAGAGUCCCAGGCAUGUUCAGGUCUACGCCGCCAUGCAGUUUCUAUUUGGUGUCAUGAUAUAUGCCCAGUUCAUGACCAUCCACAAGGCUUGGCAUUUCCAUCAAGCGCUCCUGUUUCUUGGCUACAUGGGUCUCUCGAUGCUCAGCCUUGGGAUGAUGCUAGAGAACGACACACGGGGACCUCGAAUUGAACUCCUCCGUUUCUACAUGAUCAUCUGGAGACUUACCAAUAAGCAAAAGCAGUCGUGA